AUGGCGCCGCUGUUCCCGUGGACCAUCGGCGCCCCCCCGUGCGCCAGCCCUCGUUGCCGGGGGCGCUGGAAGAAACAUCGGGUGGCCAAGCUGCAGGUGAACCUGCUCGUGGUGGCGUGCUCCUUACUGGCGCUGGGCUCGCGGCAGCGGUGCCCGGUUUCGUGCCGGACCGGGAUGGGCUUGAGCGCGGUGCAGCGUGCGAGGCUGCCCCGCCACCUCGCCCUUGCCAAGCAGUGGAGCCGCGCGCCCUGCGACACGAGCGGCCGCGGCAAGAUGAAGUCGCAGGGGCUUCUCGAAUUCGGAUUGCGAUUGCGAGGGGCCGCGCCUGGACAGCAGGCGCGGGCCCCCCCACCUCUCGCGGUCUCGUUCUUCGUGGCCAGCCGCGCGACCUUCUGCAGGCAGGAUGCCCACUUCGUCCCCGUGCGCCACCGCCCGGUCUUCGAGGCGGCGGCCAACAUGGACUCGAGGUUGGUCGAGCGAGAUCGACCUCUGGACCACGGCCUGCGCCCGAUGCGUCACACAGGGAGCUCGGAAGAGGUCGUCGCUUUCGCGCCCGACCUGGACCGGUCGCGCAAGCUGUUCCUCGCCAAGCUCGGCGAUAGCGCUCGCGGCGGCUGCGCCGGCGCCUGGGGCUGCUGGCGGCGCUGGCACGCUCUCAUCCAGCAGCGCGUCGAGAUUCAUGUGCACAUGGCGGCCGGCGCGGACGCCGCCCUGGCGGAGUGCGCCGCCGUCGCGUUGGGCAGCGCCCCUUGCGGGGCCGGCGCCGCGCCGGCCGGGGAGGCCGCGGGAGCGGCAGGCGAGGCGACGCGGCGGGAGCGCAGCUCCGGGCUGGCCGCUGGCAAGCCAGCCUCCGCGCGAGCCGCAUGCCCUGAGGCGGCGACGGGUUGGAAGGCCCUGGCCCCGACGCUGCCAGGCCGUCGCUACAGCUUCGCCUCGGGCACGCGGCUGCGCCGCUUCGCCAGCGAGCAGGCCGCGGUCGAGGGCUAG